UCUUUUGCUGACAAAGGCAGAUGCCCAGUGCUUGGCUUUUCCCCUCGGGUGGAGAUGGGGAGAGGGCGCGCGCAGAGUUAAUUUCUAAGAUGAAGGCUUUCUUUGCUGGAAGAACAGGUCUGAGGAUGGCUUUUUAAAGCCGCUCUGUUGGACCGAGGCUUUCUCCUCCUCCUGGGUCUGCCGGCGGCUGUUUUCCUCCGCGUUCUCUGUCCCUCCUUGGCUUGCUCACGCGCUUGGCUUCUCUGAGAAUUUAGUGAACACAUUGUGCGUCUGACAGAAAAGACAUUGGGGGACCUGGUGUUGAGACGAAAACUUUAUGUGCUUUUCUGGAAGAGGAACACAGUUGUAUCUGCAGCCAGGGGAUCUAGCAGCUGGGUUCCCUGGGAGAACGCUGGCUCCUUAGGCAGAAGACCGCUCUGCAGCGGGGACGCCGUCCGGACCGCGUUUGUGCCCCCACCCAAGACGGAGUAGAGAUGGUCAUGUGAGCGCCCUGUCUUCGCGUGUCACGUAUUUCUAAACUUAAGGAAAAUGAGUUCCGGGGUGAGCUUCUGAGCCAGAGGUGGACACACGGAGACAAGGCCGACAACUGUAGGACCCCGAGACUCUUCCUGGGCGGACGCGGCAAGAUGAGCUUAGAAAAUGAUGAAAAGAGAGCUCGUACAAGAUCCAAGGCCCUCCGAGCUCCCCUGGAGCCCACAGGAGCCGACCUCAGCUGUCCCACCCCCGGAUGCACAGGCUCGGGGCAUGUCCGUGGCAAGUACUCCAGGCACCGAAGUUUGCAGAGCUGCCCUCUGGCCAAGAAGAGGAAGCUAGAGGGCCCCGAGGCCGAGCACCUGGGGUCCAAGCGGAAGGCACCCCCGCUGAAGCUGGCUCUGGACGAGGGCUACGGCGUGGACAGCGACGGCAGCGAGGACACUGAGGUGAAGGACGCCUCUGUUUCUGAUGAAUCGGAAGGAACUGUGGAGGAGGAUGAGGCCGAGGCGUCGGGACAGGAGGAGAUUCAUCGCCCCGAGCCAGCUGAAGGAAGGAGCCCAGUAAAGGCACAUUUCGCAUCCAAUCCCAUCAGCAGCCCCUCGGGCUCCUCCAAGGGCAGCUACAGCAGCUAUCAGGAAAUCAUUGCAACUUCUCUCCUAAAUUUGGGCCAAAUCGCUGAAGAGACCCUAGUUGGCGGAGACUCAGGCCAGGUGGCCACACCAGGCCUAGUUCAGGAGGCUGAGGAGGAAGCCACCAGUGACGAGGGGGAGAAGGAGGACUUCAUCCAGCCAGAGGACGUGGAGGAGGUGAUUGAAGUCACCAGUGAGCGCUCCCAGGAGCCGGGUCCCCAGUCUCUGGAGAGUGUGGCCAGUGAGGUAUCCAGUAAGCAGAAAGUGAUCCUGGGCAACGAGGAGGAAGAGGAGGAGGAGGAGGAAGAUGAUGAGGAGGAGGAAGAUGACGAGGAGGACGAGGAGGACGAGGAGGAGGCCCCUCCCGAUGUAAUCUGCCAGGAGGAUGCCCCCCACGUCCCUGUCCCGAAGAGCCCUCAACCCCGGGGCCUGGUGCCUCCCAGCCCCAAGCCCGGGUACUCCGUCCUAGUGGAGGUGCGGUCCGACGACGGCAAAGACGAGGACUCGCGCUCCCAGAAGUCUGCGGUCACAGACGAGUCGGAGAUGUACGACAUGAUGACCCGUGGCAACCUGGGCCUCCUGGAGCAGGCCAUUGCCCUGAAGGCCGAGCAGGUGCGGGCUGUCUGUGAGCCGGGAUGCUCACCUGCCGAGCAAGGCCCACUGGGCCCGGGCGAGCCGGGGAAGGCAGCGAGACCCCUGGACGCUGCCCGGAAGAGCUACUGCAGCAAAGAUCCCUCAAGAAGUGAAAAACGUGAGAUCAAGUGUCCGACACCAGGCUGUGAUGGCACCGGCCAUGUCACUGGGCUGUACCCACACCACCGCAGCCUGUCUGGCUGUCCCCACAAGGACAGGAUCCCCCCGGAGAUCCUGGCCAUGCACGAGAACGUGCUCAAGUGCCCCACUCCUGGCUGCACAGGCCAGGGCCAUGUGAACAGCAACCGUAACACGCACAGAAGUUUGUCUGGGUGUCCCAUUGCUGCUGCCGAAAAAUUAGCCAAAUCUCAUGAGAAGCAACAGCCACAGCCGGGAGAGCCUUCCAAGAAUAGCUCCAAUUCGGAUCGGAUCCUCAGGCCCAUGUGCUUCGUGAAGCAGCUUGAGGUCCCUCCCUAUGGAAGCUACCGGCCCAGCGUGGCCCCCACCACACCCAGGGCCAACCUGGCCAAGGAGCUGGAGAAGUUCUCCAAGGUCACCUUUGACUACGCAAGUUUUGAUGCUCAGGUUUUUGGUAAGCGCAUGCUUGCCCCAAAGAUUCAGACCAGCGAAACCUCACCGAAAGCCUUUAAAUCCAAACCUUUCCCAAAGGCCUCUCCCCCCAGGCCCAGCCCCUGCACCUCAUCCUCUUCUGCAGGCUUCGACUACGCCCACGACGCAGAGGCCGCGCACAUGGCCGCCACUGCCAUCCUGAACCUCUCCACGCGCUGCUGGGAGAUGCCUGAGAACCUCAGCACGAAGCCACAGGACCUGCCCAGCAAGGCCGUGGACAUUGAGGUGGAUGAGAAUGGAACCCUGGACUUGAGCAUGCACAAGCACCGCAGGCGGGAGAACACUUUCCCCAGCGGGAGCAGCAGCAGCAGCAGCCCUGGCGUGAAGUCACCUGAGGCCUGCCAGCGCCAGAGCAGUACCAGCGCCCCCAGCAGCUCCCUGACCUCACCCCCGUCUAGCCACGCCUCCCGCCAGGAUGAGUGGGACCGGCCUCUGGACUACACCAAGCCCAGCCGCCCACGAGAGGAGGAGCCUGAGGAGUCAGAGCCAGCAGCCCAUUCUUUUGCUUCUUCUGAAGCAGAUGACCAGGAAGUGUCGGAGGAGAAUUUUGAGGAGCGGAAGUACCCCGGGGAGGUCACCCUGGCCAACUUUAAGCUGAAGUUUCUCUCCAAGGACAUAAAGAAGGAGCUGCUCACCUGCCCCACCCCUGGCUGUGACGGCAGUGGCCACAUCACUGGGAACUAUGCCUCCCACCGCAGCCUCUCUGGUUGCCCUCUUGCUGACAAGAGCCUCAGAAACCUCAUGGCUGCCCAUUCUGCUGACCUCAAGUGCCCCACACCCGGCUGCGAUGGCUCAGGCCACAUAACAGGGAACUACGCGUCGCACCGGAGCUUGUCAGGCUGCCCUCGUGCCAAGAAAAGUGGAGCCAAGGCCACACCUGCGAAGGACGACAAGGAAGACCCUGAGCUGAUGAAGUGCCCGGUUCCAGGCUGUGUGGGGCUUGGUCACAUCAGCGGCAAGUAUGCCUCUCACAGAAGCGCGUCGGGCUGCCCACUGGCAGCUCGGAGGCAGAAAGAGGGUUCCCUCAAUGGCUCGUCUUUCUCCUGGAAGUCCCUGAAGAAUGAGGGGCCCGCCUGCCCCACCCCGGGCUGCGACGGCUCCGGUCACGCCAAUGGGAGCUUCCUCACCCACCGCAGCUUGUCUGGCUGUCCCAGAGCGACCUUUGCAGGAAAGAAGGGAAAGCUCUCAGGGGAUGAGGUUCUUGGCACGAAAUUCAAGACGAGUGAUGUGCUGGACAACGACGAGGAGAUCAAGCAGCUGAACCAGGAGAUUCGAGACCUAAACGAGUCCAACUCUGAGAUGGAGGCUGCCAUGCUGCAGCUGCAGUCCCAGAUCUCGUCCAUGGAGAAAAGCCUGAAGAACAUCGAGGAGGAGAACAAACUCAUCGAGGAGCAGAACGAAGCCCUGUUUCUGGAGCUGUCGGGCCUGAGCCAGGCCCUCAUCCAAAGUCUUGCCAACAUCCGCCUUCCGCACAUGGAGCCGAUAUGUGAGCAGAAUUUUGACGCCUAUGUCAGCACCCUCACCGACAUGUACUCCAACCAGGAGUGCUACCAGAACCCAGAGAACAAGGACCUCCUCGAGAGCAUCAAGCAGGCCGUGAGGGGCAUCCAGGUCUAGGCCUCCUUGUGUGAGGAGCCACCAUGCUGACUCGGGGCGCCCAGGGCACCCCGACUCACCUCUAUCUUUUACCUCCCUAGCCCUGCCCUCCCAGUGGAGAUUCCCACUCACAGCGACUUCUCGUUGGCAGCCCAGGGCGGCCUCGGCGAGGGGGUGGGAGUGUUUAGCCGGAGGAGUGCCUGGAAAUCCUCAUCUCCCUCGAUGUGACUCACGCGCCGGGCCAGAGGCCUUGACCUCUCAAUGUGAGUGCGGGGCGUGAAGUAUUACAAAGUGAUUUAUUUUUGCUUCUGAAAGCUCGAAGUCUCCAAUGGAAACUCACGGACAAGGUUCUCAGGGAAGUUUUGGAGCUGCAACCACAGUAUUCCUUUGUCUGUCAAGGCCGAGAGGGCAGCCUGGCCGGGCGGGUGGUGCGUGUGACGAGUCAGCCUGGAGUGGCCAGUGCGCCCACGCGGUGAGGCCGCUGUGACAAGUGUGUUUCCUGUUGUCCUUUAAUUCACUUUUAUGUUAAGCGUGGAAGAGAGCAGCGUUCCAGAGGGUAGGUUAGGAACAGGCCUGGAGGAAGCUGGCCCGGGAACCCCUGAAGACAGCGCUGGUUCCACAGGGAAGCACCUCUGGUGGAGCCCGCAGACCCUGUGCUCAGGGUCAGGCUCCCUCAAGGCUGCAGCCUUUAGACCCAGGUCGGGGUCAAGGUCAGGACCUCUGGCUGUCUGUGUGCCCACCUGGCCUGUGACCCACCACUGCCUGUCACCGGGUCAUGGCUGAGCUUUACCGAGGUGGGGGAAGUGACAGCAAGGUCAGGCGAUAAAUUCCUGACUGGAGACCACCAAGGUGUCACUUCUUUUUAGAUCCAUUUGAGAUUCAAAAGAAGAUAAAUUUUGAUUUAAUGUGUUAAAAACACAAUGUUCCUAACAUGUAAAUAGAGUCCAAGCCAACUGUGACUGCGAUUCCAAGUUAGUAUUUAAAAGUAGAGAAAUUGCACUUCCUGGAAGAAAUGAGAAAGUAGUUAGUUUAAUUAUUCUGUAAAUUAUUUAAUUUUGUCAAAAUGUAAGUAUUUAUAUUCACAACCUCUUAUGUUAAUGUUGGCUAUUUAUUUAACAUUUUUAUUUAUUAAUUUUAUACUAUUUAACCCAGACCCCACACCAGGACAUAUGAGAGGGAAGUAAAUGAAAUCAAAGCAAACUUAACUAUUUGACUAUGAGAAGGGCCACAAAAAAUCUUGCUGUAACCUCCAGUUAUGAUUUUGAUGCAACUGAGUUAUUUUUUAUAUAUUUUGUUAUUUAUUCUUUUAAUAAUGGAGUUUUUAAAAAGUAUUUUGUAACUGAGGAAUUUUGAUAAUUUGGGGAUAUUUCCCCUUUGGUCCAAUGGCAAGAAAGACUGUUUGGUUCUCUUCAUCCCUUUGGCUCCUUUUGUUUCAGGCACGGACGACAGCAAAUGGCAUUCUGUGCUUAUUGUUUAUUUAAGUGUAGUGCAGCUGUGUGCUCUGGCGUGUCUCUUGUGUUGCGUCUGUGUGCCGGUUCUUGAUGGCUGAGUCCUAUCGCUGUGAGGGGCGCUGGCUGCAGGCCGCCCUGAGCAGCUCCCGCUCUAGGCUCCUGUCCUCUGACAGCUCUGAUACUGUGAUCCUCCUUCCUCAGGAAACGCUGACCCCACAGCACAGCACUUCUCAGUGUGUUUGCAGGGUGAUUUCCUAAUAAAAGUCCACUCUGACUGUGA